CUGCCUACCUACCUUAUUGCCGACAGUCGCUGCUACUCAACCACGAAGUCAUUCCCUACUCCAUACCUCUACUCUGUACCUGCUCUUUACCUUGCUUACCUCAUUCGUAGGUUUAUUCUUCUCCUUUUUCGGGACGUCAUCAACUGGGCUAAUAGUAACUACCUUACCUACCUCACUCAUUCCCCUCUACCUUCCGAAGCAGUCGGGUCGUUGGAGCUUUUCCCAUCACCGACAUUAUUGUUUUUUCAAGCAGGUCUCCUUCCUACCUAAGGUAAUCAGCAACAAUGCCGGUAGACUACAGCAAGUGGGACGCUCUGGAACUCAGCGACGACUCGGACAUCGAGGUCCAUCCCAACGUCGACAAGCGGUCCUUCAUCCGCGCGAAGCAGAACCAGAUCCACCAGGAGCGGCAACAGCGGAAACACCAGAUCGAGACGCUGAAAUACGAACGGCUCAUCAACGACGGGCUUGUGAGGCGCAUCUCGGCGCUGCUGGCCGCGCUGAAGGCCCGCGCCGCCGACAUGCAGAAGAAUCACCGCGCGAACCCGGGCGAGGUGGCCUUCCAGGCGGUGAUGGAAUCGGCCGGCAGGCCCGGUGAGGACCAGCCGCCGCCGCGCCCGGCCGGGGUGCACGGCGACGAGGCGCCGUUGCCGUCGUACUCGAAGAUGAUGGCGGCGCUCCUGGACGACGUGAACAGGUCCCUGGACGAGAAGAAGCUGGAGGCCGAGGGGCGGUACCAUGCCAUGGUCCAGGGCAUCGAGGAACACCUGAACAAGGUGAACAAGCUGCAGGGGGAGCUGGUGGAGAAGUUGGGGGAGCUGGAGAAGGCGGAGAGGAGCAAGAUUACGAGCGAGAGCAUCCGGACCGGGUUUGACAGUUCGCAUGUUAACAAGUCCAAGACGACGGACGAGGAGAAGGAGGGGAAGGGGGAGGGGAAGGGGAAAGGGAAAGGCCCGGAGACGCAGGUGGAGCUGCUCAACCCCAGCUUUACGCCGGCAGCAGCAUCAGCAGCAACAGGGGCGCCAGCACAACAGCCCCCCUCGUACGGCGACGACGAGGAGAUCGAGGCGUCGCCGGUGGCCAAGCUGUUCUCGCAGAUCAAGAUGGACGACUAUAGCGGCAGUUUGUCGUUCCUGUCGAAGAACCCGGAGAUCCUGACGGAGCGGGAGACGGACGGGCUCCUGGUGCUGGCGUUCGACGCGGCGCUGGAGGGCAGGGACGAGCGCAGCCGGCAGUGCGUGCACCAGGCGCUGCUGCUGCAGUACUGCCGCGCGCUGGGGCGGGACGGCGUGGCCCUGUUCUUCAAGCGCAUCACGACCAAGGGCCACCAGGCGCGCGAGGUGUUCUUGAAGGAUGUGCGGGACACGUACGGCCGGAUCCGCACGCGGGCGAGGGAGAUCGUGGCGGAGAGGGCCAAGGAGCCGGCUGAGGUGGCGCAGAUCCAGCUGCAUGCCGUCGAGCCCGGGACGGAGAUUAAGAUUCACAUCCCGGCCGCCGAUGCCGAGACGGUGGAGGGCAAGGAGGCGAGGAUGAUCUUUGAGAGUUUCAGCGCCGCGUUCCGGAAGGCGUUGGAGAGUGGGAGCUUGGACGAGGUGAAUCAGGUGUUGGGGGAGAUGAAGGUGGAGGAGGCGGAAGAUGUUGUGGGCAAGCUGGGCGAGGCCGGCAUCUUGAGUUUGGAAGAACAAAUCAUUGACGCGACCACGGAGGAAGGACAAAAGGCCUUGAAAGAGAGGGAGGCAGCAGAGGCGAGCACCGAGUCGGGAUUCGCGCCGGAUCCUGAGUAGGAUACUGGAUCAGAAGACGGACAGGUGCAAGUGGAGGAACCUGGUCAGGGAUAGCGCUAGGUUGGGACUCUAGGAGGUGGAUAGAUAUAUCAAUAUGGAACACAUGAGCCUCAUUAUGCGCACUACAGCUACUGGGUGGGAUGGUAGUGUAUAAGCUGUAAGUUAUAAAAAUAAAAAUCACGACUUGAAUGCGUCCUCGCCGAAUCCAGAGCAGGGGCCUGGCCUUUGAUGCUCCCUAUGAUAAUGCCAAGCAACGGAACAGGAUAAGAUGGGCUAAUAAUUACUACAGACCG